AAAAAUCGCUCUUUCCCGCCAGUAGAGGGCGCUUGCAAUCGCUCGGCCACGUAAGUCAGGGUCGUUUUUCCUUCACAGUUUUAUUUUAUCACGUUAAUUUUGGCUUCCGUGAUAAUAUGUGAGGAUGGUUUAACAACACCAACGCGUGUGUAAAGUUUUCCAAGCUCAAAAGUCGCCUAUCGAGCGAUUGACAAGCCAUGGCCCAUAUACCAAACCCAUAUAACAAUGUUCCUGGCCAACAAAACUCGAAUCCCGGAGCGUUCCAGCAAUAUGACCGAAUGCCACCGAGCCAGUUGCCUGGGACCUUGAAACAAGAUGGAAAUUUGAACAACCCAGGCCCAAUAGCAGGAUUUAAUAGCCAAAAUAAUUUAAAUCAGAGUGCAAGUAGUUCGCCAGCUUUCAACCAUCCCGGAAUGAUGCCACCACCUACAAGCUUACAGUCAUCACCUGUGCGGCCACUGAAACCUAUAAGUAAUCAACCUCCAAUGCAAAACAUCCAGAACAUUCCAAUGAGUUCCCCCAGUGUACAUGCUAAGCCUAAUACUGGCCCUUCAUCAUCACCAUACCCCCCUAAUGCCCAACAUCAAAUUAAUAACAAUGCUCCACCUUUAAUCCCCUCUAGUCAAUAUAGUCAACCUGUAAUGAAUGGCCCAAUGCCUGGCCCCAAUCAAAGACCAAUUAACCAAUAUCCUCCACCUUCAAGCUCCUUUAGUCCAUCACCAUUAGGAAACCAAACCCCAAUAAGUAGUAGUAAUGCACCAAUGAAUCCUGCUUUCGGGAAUCAGAGACCCCCAACAUCUAUGCCACCUGGUUUAAUAAACCAACCAAAUACUCCAUUAAGUGGACCUUUGACUGGUCCUAGAAAUAGUCCGCUAACAAUUGCUUCACAGGGCAAUGCCCCUACAUCGAGUGUGUCAAACUUUGCACCGCCUAUAGGGCCAUUAAGAAGUAAUAUAAUUAAUGGCCCAAGUGUACAACCAACAAUAUCUGCACCAAUGAGUGGCUCAAUGCCACCUAAAGGCUUACCAACUGGGUCAUCUAUGCAAGACCUUCAUAGAUCAAAGCUUGGACCACAGACUAGCCAACCACAACCCCAAAACCAGCAUAACAAUGGCCCUUCCACACAAAUGACUCGACCACCUUUGCCAAAUAUGCCUCCAAUGCCACCAAUGCAACAAGGUUUACAAAGUGGCCCACCGCUGCCACCAAUGCAACAAGGUACACAAAGUGGACAACUAAUGCCACCAAUGAGCCAGUCAGGAUUACAAAGUGGACCACCAAAAAUGCCACCAAUGAAUCUACAAAGUGGACCACCAACAAUGCCAUCAAUGAAUCAACCAGGAUUACAAAGUGGACCACUUACAAUGCCACCAAUGAGUCAACCAGGAUUACAAAGUGGACCACCAAAAAUGCCACCAAUGAAUCAACCAGGAUUACAAAGUGGACCACCUACAAUGCCACCAAUGACUCAACCAGGAUUACAAAGUGGACCACCUACAAUGCCACCAAUGAGUCAACCAGGAUUACAAAGUGGACCCCCAAUAAUGGCGCCAAUGAGUCAACCAAUGCCUGGCCCAGCGAGUGGGCCAGCAACAAAUAUGCAGAACAGAUACCCACAGAUGCAGUACUCAGAUCAGCAACAAAGGCAAAUGCAGCAGAAUAUAUCAAAGCAGUUUCCGACAAACAACAUGUAUGGUGUUACUCAACAAAUGGGUCAGCUGAGUGUGACAAAGCAAGGCUUUGACCAAUUGUGGGGACAUCAGAUGGUUGACUUACUGCAGUGUAAGCACAUAUUGCCUGAAUAUCCCGAGGAUCCCCCGGAAAUACGGCUCGGCCACCAGUUUGCCGAUUCACCAAACUGUAGUCCAGAGAUAUUCAGAUGUACAGUGAACCGAAUUCCCGAAACCAACUCUUUACUGCAGAAGUCUAGAUUACCUUUGGGUAUACUGAUACAUCCAUUUAAAGACUUGAAUCAUCUACCAGUCAUACAAUGCACGACAAUAGUGCGGUGUCGUGCAUGCCGCACCUACAUUAAUCCUUUCGUGUACUUCGUCGACGCGAAGCGGUGGAAAUGCAAUCUUUGCUAUCGAGUCAACGAUUUACCAGAAGAAUUUCAGUACGACCCGGUAAGCCGGUCGUACGGCGACCCAUCCCGGCGGCCGGAGAUCAAGUCGGCUACCAUAGAGUUCAUCGCGCCCAGCGAAUACAUGCUGCGGCCGCCGCAACCCGCUGUCUACUUGUUCCUUCUAGACGUUUCGCAGAUCGCGAGGGAGUCUGGGUAUCUGCAGGUUGUCUGCGAUACACUGAAGAGCAAUCUGGAACAAUUACCGGGCGACGCGCGCACGCAGAUUGGCUUCAUCUGCUACGAUGCGCAUGUCCACUACUACUUGAUGAGCGAUGGCCUCACUAGACCCAAGGAGAUGACAGUUCUCGAUAUUGACGAUAUAUUCCUGCCAUCGCCAGAGUCCUUGCUAGUGAAUCUAGGCGAAUAUAUGGAGCUGAUAAAAGAGCUCCUCACGAUUCUGCCACAACGAUACUCAGCACCUGGUGUGCCUGCCUCAGCGCUCGGUGCCGCUUUACAAGCCGCUUACAAACUUAUGGCUCCAACGGGAGGUCGAAUCACAGUCUUCCAAACAUGUUUACCUAAUAUCGGCCCUGGAGCAUUACAAUCGAGAGAAGAUCCCAACGCUCGCUCGUCCAAAGAUGUGGCUCACUUGAACCCAGCCACGGACUUCUAUAAGCGGUUAGCGCUGGACUGCAGCGGGGCUCAAGUGGCAGUUGAUUUGUUCCUUCUCAGCUCGCAAUACUGUGACCUCGCUACACUCAGUGGUAUGAGCAAAUUCAGCGCAGGCACCGUAUACCACAUCCCGUUGUUCCGAGCGCAGCGCGCGUGGCAGUCGGAGCAACUCACGCACAUGUUCACCAGAUAUCUCACGCGCAAGAUCGGCUUUGAGGCGGUGUUGAGAGUCAGGUGUACAAGAGGUGUAUCAGUCCACACGUUCCACGGAAACUUCUUCGUGCGAUCGACAGACCUACUCUCGCUACCCAACGUGUCACCAGAUGCAGGCUUCGGCAUGCAACUCACGAUAGAGGAAUCAUUGGCUGAUUUACAGCAAGUCUGCUUCCAGGCCGCGUUACUUUAUACAAGUAGUAAAGGUGAAAGAAGGAUACGAGUGCACACGCUAGCUUUGCCCACUGCUAACACGCUACCCGACGUCUUACAUUCGGCCGAUCAGCAGUGCAUCGUCGGAUUGCUUAGCAAAAUGGCCGUGGACCGUUGCGCAACAGCAUCCAUGUCGGAGGCUAAAGAGGCUCUAAUCAACGUGGCAGUGGACAUGCUGUCAGCGCACAGGCUCGCGCAGAACCUGCCCGUGGGCUCGGUCAGUUCCGCCCUCCACGCGCCCGUGUCCAUGAGACUACUGCCGCUGUACAUACUGGCGCUAUUGAAAAGAAAAGCAUUCCGCACGGGCACGUCGACGAGACUAGACGAGCGAGUAGCGGACAUGUGCUUCAUGAAGAGUGCGCCGCUAUGCCAAGUGAUGCGCGCCGUGUACCCCGACCUUUACGCGCUACACACGCUGAGCGAGCACGUGCGGCGCGACAAGGAGGGCAUGGACGUGCCCGACCCGCCGCGCCUGCAGCUGACCGCCGAGAGAAUCAACAUUACUGGAGCGUACCUAUUAGACGACGGCGAGAAUAUGAUAAUCUACGUGUGCCACGGAAUCAGUCCCGCGUUCCUAUCAGAGACCUUCGGCGUGGCGUCCUUCAACCAUCUGCCGGACGAGGCCAGGAGUGUGCCCAAACUGGAGGCAGAUGGAAAUGAGCUACUACACGCGUUCAUCGACAAACUGAAUGAUGACCGGCCUUACCCAGCCAGCGUGUUAAUGCUUAGAGAUAACUCGGCAUCACGGCAACUAUUCACGGAGCGCCUUGUCGAAGACAGGGUAGAGUCCGCGCUGUCAUACUACGAGUUCUUACAGCACGUCAAAACGCAAGUGAAAUGAGUGCGGACUGACUCGCGAGUGACACGUUUGCCCGCUUAUUCCGUAACCUUGUUGACAUUGGAUGAUGAUGGAUGGAUGGAUGACAUUAGAUGGAUGGAUGACAUUGGAUGGAUAGAGCGCGACCGUAGCGACACACGACGGAAAUAUGUUCAAUGCGGCUCGUAGUUGUAAUACAAGGAACUGUAUGAAGGCGUUCACAUUGCGCUGCUAUAACUUGUGCCAAUAAAGAAACGAAUUGAAAAUGGCAACGUUCAUCAUUCCUUCUCGCUUACAUAUAUACGUGUAUAGUGUGUGAGUGAGAUGGAAUGAUUAGCGCUUGGUUUUUAUUCGUUUAUUAGCACAAGUUGAAAUUAAAUGGAAAUGUAUGAAGACGAUAAUACUGCGCUGCUAUAACUCAUGCCAAUAAAGAAACGGAUUGAAAAUAGCAGAGCUAAUCAUUUCCUCUCGCUUACACUAUACUUCUGUACCUAUAGUGUGUGAGGGAGAUGGAAUGAUUAGCGCCAUUUCGUUUAGAAUAGUUUCUUUAUUGGCAUAAGUUAUACUGUUUCGCUUCGCAGUGUGACGUGAUUCAUACAGUUCCUUGUAUUAUGUGUUCCUUGUGUGAUGUUUUGACGCGUUUCUUUCGCGUCUUAUCUAUCCAGGUCCUUAGAUCUAGUCUAUUCGGUCGCGAUCUGUCAACGCGAGUAAACUGUCAAGUUGACAGUUACCAGUUGUCAUCUCAUACAAAAAUGUUAAUUUGACAGUUUGUAUAAGAUGACAGCGACUAAAGUAAAAAUCGCUAAAUGUCAUUAAAAAGCUAUGGAAUACGAGUAAGUCCUGUCCCGGACUGUGUUGGCUGCGGAGUGAGAUGGUACUACGACACUGCCCUAACUUGUUAACGUUGUAUAAUAUUGAUUUAGUCUCUCCUAACUGAUGCGCGACAGAAUUAUCGACAGACGGAUUAUUAUGGGUCCUGCUACUGUUGUAGCAAACGAAUAAAUAGCCUUACUUAGUGUCCAAUCGAAGCCGAUCAAUCGGCUAUUGCCACAUUCGGCCGAAGCCACAAUUCAAGAUUCGCUAAAAUUUUUUUAAAAGUUUAUGUUAAAUGUUGUCUUGUUGAAUUUGUUAUAAAUACCGUUAUUCGUUUAUUUUCGGUGCUUGCUAGAAACCGGUUUCGGAUGCGGUGCGUAAAAAGCGGCGGCGUGCAGAUCAUAGAGGCAUAAAAGCACUGCUUACCCUAGUUAAAAUAGCUUAGAGCUCAUUUUUCUUUAUGACCUGCCAGGUAAAUAGCUACUUCCCUGACUAACGCUUAUCCUGACUUCAAACACUGUGCACGCCAGUGGUAGAGAGCCAUGUGCCCCUCCGACCUAGUAAAGGUCAUAGCACACAUAUCAAUCAACUCGGAAAGUCUCAAUACGAGACAGAUUUAUGUAAGAGACAUACAUCUGUCUCGUUUUAACUCUAGUCUAAGCAAAGUCAGAGUGUGCUCAUCACCAUUAGUGUGCAUUUCAUACAUUCAUUGUUUCAUACAAAGAAUACUUGACAGCUUGAAUUAAUCCAAUGAAGUUAAUAUGUUGCUAUGACCUUAAACCAGCUCUCAUUCUCGUUCAAAGUCAUCUGCUAGAUUUUCGCAUCCGUCUAGAAUACUCGAUAAAGAUUAUAGGAUAAUUGUUAUGUAGCUAAGAAGGACUCGAAUGAAAAUAAUGUCUCUUAAAGUAUAUUAAAUAAGAUUCUUAUAUAACAAUUAAAUUGUACAGAUGGAAAUGCCUUGACUUCGUUGAUAUAAAAGAAUAACAUACAGUGCCCGGCAGGAAAUAUUGUAGAUCGAACUUAAGAAAGAGAUAACGCUUUCGUAAAGCGUUGUCUCUGUCGUUGAGACCGACGAAACGUCACAUAGGUAUGAGCGAUAGAGACAACUCUCUACGAAGCCGAAAUCUCUUUCUAAAGUUCUAUGUAUACUAUUUGCUGCUGGGUACCUUUAGGGCAAGAUCACAUUGCGUAUCUCUCCUAAUUCGUAUCAAGCCACAGAUUGGCUGAACUGAGGGUAUUCUUGCAGUAAAUGCAUUUUAGCCAAUAGCGAGAGUGUUGGCCAAUCAGAGGUAAUUGCGAUCGUCACACUGUAGCUGUCAAACUACGGCGGUAAAUAUAUAGCGUAUGAAGGCCAGCGCAGAUAGAAUUAUAGUAAACGACGUAAGCAACUCUGCGGUUAUUGAAAUAUCGACUUUAUCUAAAUAUGAAUAGAGUUUAGAAUAACCCGAGGUUGGGAAGUUGGCGGUUUGAUACUCCUUGCCUUGGGAGUGCACAUAUUAAAGUCCGUUCGUCAUCACCUGAUCUCUCUCCGGUCGUGUCGAAUUGCCAUCCCAUUGGAUUAUGAAUAGUGGUGGAAUAGAUUGCAUCUGUAAUAACUAAUAACACAUGCUAGUUGCCAAACAAAAUAAUACGGCCAGUUCUAUCUUCAUACUAAUAGCAACUCUAUUAGAAUGGUAUACGGUCGAUAUUUCAAAUAUCCGCAUUUGCAGUUCUUUCCGUGUUGGUCCUAUGCUACGGGUAAAUUCAUGAACAAUGCUUGGUACGUAGAUAGAGACGUUAAUAGGCUAGGUGAAAAUAAUACUAAUAAUAAAAAGUUAAACGAAAUUCUUCAGCGUUAUUAAAAAAAAAAACAUGUAAAGGCUUGCGCAUAUUAUGGCUGGCAGACUGAUGACGCCGUCGCGCUUCUGGUUGGCUGUAGUCUGCGCUUACCUUUAUUGUGUUUCCUAAUAAUUUAAACCACAAUUUUUUCCCCUACUUUAAAGUAUUUUUGUAUAGAAGCUUUUAUUUUUUUAUUACUUUAGCAAUUUCUAGGGCGUGUCUGUAAAGGCCAAGUAUCGUGAAUAAUUUUAAGGCCAAGGACAAAUCUAGUGAAAAUCCGCGGGCUGAAAAACGUUAGCGGCAUUCCCUUUGAACGUGUCAUACGAAAUGUUAGGAGAGCGUCUUAUUUGGGCGACCAAGACGUUCCCGCGCAUUUUCCUUACUUAGUCACUUACUCCUUUGCGAAUAUUUCAGAGAUGCGGGUUUCAGCUAGAUUUGUCCUUAUAUAACUCGUGUUAAUAAAGAAACAAAUGCUAGACGAGAGAAAAAAAAAGAAACAAAUCAAAAUAAUUCCCUCUCAUUUACACACUAUACCGGUGUACAGAGUGUGAGUGAGACAAUGCUUAGCGCUAUUUCGUUUCGAUUCGUUUCUUUAUUGGCACGAGUUACAAUUAAAAUAUAUGUAAUUGAUGCAAUAAGAUGACCUUUUUUAUUGUAUACUAUUUCGGUUUUAGGUGUAUUUAAUUACUGUUAAUUUUAAUCUUAUUUAUGCCUAUCGAUAUUCGAUUGUAAAUUGAAUAUUAAAUUAUAAGUGAUUCCAAAUCAAUUUGUUAAAUAUAUUAUAUUGCAAAAUGAACAAAAAAUUUACUAAGGCACUUGGAUCUAAUGUACAAUCAUACUGUACUAGUGUUGCGAGUGAAAAAAUAAUAUCUUUUCAUCUAAGUAUUGAAAGCUUAUAGAAACUUUUUUUAGUUAUUUGCUUUCAUCAUGUACAUUUUUUUUUAACAAAGCUGUGACGUCCCUUUAUGAUAUUGCAAAGUAAAUAUUUCUAUAUUAAACAUAGUAGAUACUUCCAUAUUAAGUAUUUAAUAUCGAAUAUUUAAGAUACUACCGAUAUCUUAAAACAAUAAUGAUAACACUAUCGAAUCGUUAUGAUUGAUAGAAUCAAUGAAUACACGCAAAAUAUUUCUCAAGCUAUUUUAGUAAACGUCUCAUUUGCGAUUUACUGAUAAUAUUUUAGUAAAUUACAUGAAUCAAAGUGCUCAAAAUUGAUCAAAGAUAAAUAUUACGUGAUAUGUCUGAUAGUUGUUUAUUUAUUUUAACAACUAUUUGAUUAAAAUUUAUUUGGUUUUUGUUUUAAAUUGAUCAGUUUUUACAAGGGAAUGCAACUCUAGUGAGGUCCAAGCCUAAAAUAUUUCAAAAAAUCAUGAGGUAUCGUGGGACGCCUAACAGAAUCCAAGCUUCUUACUUGCAAAUUGUAUAUAAAAUCUUGUUCGCUAUCUCGCUCACUCUCGGGCAACAAUACGCGCUGCCCAGCCAAUGAAGUUUUCAAAAUAUGAAUAAGUUUAAGUUUAUAGGGUUAAACUUCUUGUGUUUUCAUACAAAUUGGUUUGGAAUAAACCCUACAUGAAUAGUUGGAUGGUUUUAUGAGAAAUGGCUCCCCAUUUGUACCGGGAACAUUGAAAUGUAUGUAAUAUAAAGCUAGUUGACUCUUUCUUAUGUAAAAGAGACACCACGUAGAAGAGAGAGAUGAAAUAUAAAACCAAUGUUAUACCUUGGCAGUUUUAUUUGAUUCUAACAGAAAUCGAAACCGUUAUAACACAAACUGAUUUUUGAAGGAUUAUUUAAAAUAUUUUAGAUUUUUAUCUGAAUUUAUUUAAGUUUUUUAAAAUUCGUUUUUAAUUAUAACAAUUUCAAUCCAAAUCAUAAUUUGAAUUCUGAAUGAAAUAAACAGUUGUAGAUACCUACAAGUAAUGAUAUAUUUUUUUUUAAUUAUCUGUACUAGUACACAGUAAAGAGGCAAAAUGUUCGAAGAAAGAUUUUAUUUAUAAAAUUACAACAAAAAUAUGCAUACGAAACUACUUUUUUUAAAAGAAUAUUACCCAUGGCUUUAUUAUAAAAUAAAGUAUAAUGUACUUGUACAUACUUUAAAUUAAAAAACUGAAUAUGAAUCGAAUAAAUUGUGUUCCAAUGCGCUAUGUUACGAUUUCUAUUACGAAAUCGGAUUAUACUGCUAAGAUUUAUUGACUGAGUCUAAAAUAUUAUAAUGUAAUGAAUUUGUUGUUAGCGGACUGAAUUCGGGAGUCUUGUAACUUGUUUCAAUAUAACAAAUCCAAAAUCA